ACGACGCAAGCGGCCGCGACGCCAUUUGCUGUGGCCCAGCGUGGGUGCAGGCGGAUCUCAGAAGAACUCGGUCGCUAGACUCUCCCGCGCACGCGACCCGAUCUCCCGCGCCUGCUUCGUGUCGCUCUGUCCCACGCGUCGCCCCUCGGAGGAGUCGUCGCCGCCGCCGCCGCCACCCAGAUAGGAGUCGGAGACGCAGCAAGGCCGUUGUCACCGCCAUGCCUAAGAAUAAAGGUAAAGGAGGUAAAAAUAGACGCAGAGGUAAGAAUGAGAAUGAAUCUGAAAAGAGAGAGCUGGUGUUCAAAGAAGAUGGACAAGAGUAUGCUCAAGUAAUCAAAAUGUUGGGAAACGGACGGUUAGAAGCGAUGUGUUUUGAUGGUGUAAAGAGGUUAUGUCACAUCCGAGGGAAAUUGAGAAAAAAGGUCUGGAUAAAUACCUCAGACAUCAUAUUGGUUGGUCUGCGGGACUACCAGGAUAAUAAAGCUGAUGUAAUUUUAAAAUACAAUGCAGAUGAAGCAAGAAGUCUGAAGGCAUAUGGCGAACUUCCAGAACAUGCUAAAAUCAAUGAAACUGAUACCUUUGGUCCUGGAGAUGAUGAUGAAAUCCAGUUUGAUGACAUUGGAGACGAUGAUGAAGACAUUGACGAUAUCUAAAGCGAUCUCAACCUUUCACAUUCCACUUUCUCUGAGGAUUGUUCAACAGUUUGGAUUUUGGCUGUGACCUGUUAAAGAAGAUUAAAAUUUCAUUAGCA